CACCAAGAAAUUUAACCCAUCAGUAUGAGUCGUUCGGUGAAGUUUCAAGCUUUUGCUUGAUAUUUAUUUUCAGUUUAUUCUCAAUUAUAUUCAUCCAAGUUAGACAUCAUGGCUGGAUUUGACACAAAGAAAGUUCUUAUGCUCGGUGCGGGCUUCGUAACACGCCCAACCUUGGAUAUUCUCAGUGAAGCAGGCAUUCAAGUUUCUGUUGCAUGCAGAACUAUCGAAAGUGCUAAAAAGCUCUCCGAAGGUGUCAAAAAUGCCCACCCAAUCUCUCUCGACGUCACAGACGACAAAGCUCUUGAUGCCGAAGUUGCAAAGAACGAUUUGGUCAUCAGUUUAAUCCCAUAUACAUUCCACGCUACCGUCAUCAAAUCUGCCAUCCGAAACAAGAAGAACGUCGUUACCACUAGUUAUGUUUCUCCCGCCAUGCUCGAAUUGGACGAGGAGGCCAAGAAUGCCGGUAUCACAGUUAUGAAUGAGAUUGGUUUGGAUCCAGGAAUCGAUCACUUGUAUGCUGUUAAGACCAUCGAAGAGGUUCACAAGGCGGGUGGAAGAAUUACUUCUUUCUUGUCAUACUGUGGUGGUCUUCCAGCUCCAGAGAAUUCGGAUAACCCUCUCGGUUACAAGUUCUCUUGGUCUUCUCGUGGUGUUUUAUUGGCACUGAGAAAUGCUGCAAGAUUUUACAAAGAUGGAAACAUUGUCGAUGUUGCUGGUCCAGAAUUGAUGGGUACCGCCAAGCCAUACUUCAUCUACCCAGGAUACGCAUUUGUCGCCUACCCAAACAGAGAUUCUACUCCUUACAAGGUGCGUUACAAUAUUCCAGAAGCACAAACUAUAAUUAGAGGUACUUUGAGAUAUCAAGGUUUCCCAGAAUUUAUUCGUGUAUUGGUAGAUAUGGGAUUCUUGAGUGAUGAAGACCACGGAUUCACCGAGGCAAUUUCCUGGAAGGAGGCUACUCAAAAGGUUCUUGGAGCUUCAUCAAGUACUGAGGAUGAUUUGAAGUGGGCAAUUGCUUCCAAGGCAAAGUUCGAGAGUACCGAAGAAAAGGAACGUAUCAUGAACGGUCUUAACUGGGUUGGUAUUUUCUCCGACCAAAAGAUUAUUCCCCGUGGUAACCCUCUCGAUACUCUGUGCGCCACUCUCGAGAAGAAGAUGCAAUUCGAGGAGGGAGAACGUGAUCUUGUCAUGUUGCAACACAAGUUUGAGAUUGAGCACAAGGAUGGAAAGAAGGAGACUCGUACAUCGACAUUAGUUGAAUACGGUGAUCCAAAUGGUUACUCCGCCAUGGCCAAAUUAGUCGGUGUACCAUGUGGUGUUGCUGUAAAGCAAGUUCUCGAUGGAACAAUCAGUGAGAAGGGUAUCCUUGCCCCUAUGACCAGCAAGAUCAACGAUCCGUUGAUGGAGGAGCUGAAGAAUUACGGAAUUACAUUGGUUGAGAAGACCAUUUCUUAGAGCAUGAUACCACAUACAUUUAGAUAACGAAAUUCAAAAAUAUAUGCAUGGUUUAAAUGUGCUUCCGAGCCUGUUAUCUAACUACCAAAGAAACCUCUAAUCUACCUUCGAGAACUCUGUGCUUCACCCUCCUUUUCUCUUUCCCAUCUGUGCA